AUGCAGGAUAAGGACGGAAUUCAACACGAGACAAGCAGAGACAACACAAUGACGGAAUCACGCCCCAAAGUCGACCUCCCCACGCCCCCCUUCCACCAGAUCCCAGGUCUCCCCAACUUCCGCGACGCCGGCGGCUAUCCCGUCGAUGCCCUCCCGGCCGGCCGCAUCGUCAAGCCCGGCAUCCUCUUCCGCUCCGCCGAGCCCUCCCGCCUCACCGACGACGGCGUCGCUCGCCUCCAGAACCUCAACAUCACCCACGUUUACGACCUCCGCUCCGCCAUUGAGCUCGAGCGCCUCGCAAAGGCUGGCACGAGCUGCGACGUCCGCGAGUGGCCCGGCGCCACCCGCAUCUUUGUCCCUGUCUUUCGGGACAUGGACUACGGCCCCGAAGCUAUUGCCUUACGGUACCGGAAUUACUCUAGUAACGGGCCCGAGGGCUUCACAAAGGCCUACACCGACAUCCUCCGCGCCGCUUCGGAGGCAGACCACCCCAACGACCCCUUCCACACCAUCCUUUCUCACCUCGCCUCCACCGAACCCCCGACUCCGCUGCUCAUCCACUGCACCGCUGGCAAGGACAGGACGGGAAUCAUCUGCGCCCUCAUUCUCAGCCUCUGCGGCGUCUCGGACGAGGUCGUGGCCCACGAGUACAGCCUCACCGACAUUGGUCUCCAGGAUCGGAGGGAGGAGAUUAUUCAGCACCUUCUCGCUACCGAGGCCAUGAAGGGGAACCCCGAGGGGGCUAGGCGCAUGAUUGGAUCUCGGAAAGAAAACAUGCUUGCAACGCUGGCUGCACUCCGCGAGGAGUACGGUUCGGUCGAGGCGUAUGUCCAGAAUAGAUGUCGUCUCUCGCCAGACGACAUCAGCCGUAUCAGGUCAAACCUGGUAGCAAGUGCUGAUGACGGACGUAAAGUAGUCGACUGGGUCUCACAUACAAAAUAUUUGCUUUGA